ACGGUAUCAUCCAGAACAAACGGCGUGGUGGUUACGUCGGAUGAGGCUAAUGGAAUACCACACCAUUUACUAGGCACCUUUCCUGCAUCUUGGGCUGGCCGUAUUGAUGUUCGUGACUAUCGUGAUCGUUGUCUACCUCUAAUCGAUACGAUCCGAGAGAAUAAACACAUACCGAUUCUCGCUGGUGGGACCCAUUACUACUUGGAAUCUGUGUUAUGGUCGGACUUUUCAGCAGGACUCAAUCAAACAGUUUCAAACAAUAUUGAAUUGCAAACAAGCGUUCGUUCGGCCACACACGGGGUGCGCCGUUCAAGUAUGGAAUCCAUGGUUGAACCGCAACAAGAAGAUUCGAAUGAGUGCUAUGCUCAACUGAAACAAAUUAACCCGUCCAUGGCGGCUAAGCUUCAUCCGAACAAUGUGCGCAAAGUACGACGAGCUCUUGCCGAGGCGUUGAUGCGACAGAAUUCCAGUGAGCAAGUCACUACGACAGAACCGAUCCGUGCUCGACCAGACGACGGUCCCCCUAAUCGUUCCUAUCAACCUCGAUAUCCGGGACAGACGUUGAUUUUUUGGACGGAUUGUGACGGCGAGGUGCUCAAUACGCGUUUGGAUCAACGUGUCGAUAGCAUGAUUGAAGCAGGCUUGGUCCAUGAGUUGGAUCAGUUUGUAACUCGUUUCUUUUCAUCCUAUGAAGAUCACGGUAAGUAUUUUGCCAUUCACUCCCUUAAAAUCCAAUGUUCAAGCCUUGCGAUCACCAACUUUGUUGCACGGUUCGGUAUCAUGCUUAUCAUGUGCUGGUCUUUUGUGCCUCUACAUUCCGAAUCCCAUGGUCGGUUUCCGUUUCUGAUCCGGAGUCCAUCAUAA